AUGUCGGCGCUUGCGAUGAACGCGACGCACGAGCCGCCCGACGACUCGGUGGAGUUGGCCACGACUCUCAUCCAGACGUUGGGCGCUCUCGUGGGCGUCCUGUUGUCGCUGCUGACGAUCGUCGGCAAUGUUCUCGUUAUGAUAGCCUUCAAAGUGGACAAACAGUUGCAGACAAUAAGCAAUUACUUCCUCUUGAGUCUGGCGCUCGCAGACUUCCUCAUCGGUUGCAUUUCGAUGCCGUUGUCUCUCAUUUACAUUCUCACCAAUUACUGGCCAUUUUCGGCCCUUCUGUGCGACGCGUGGCUGGCCGUCGAUUAUCUCAAUUCCAACGCUUCGGUUCUCAAUCUUCUCCUCAUUUCCUUCGACCGCUACUUCUCAGUGACGCGUCCGCUCACUUACCGCGCCCGCAGGACCACCCGUCGCGCGUGCGCUAUGAUCGCGGGCGCGUGGCUCGUGUCGGCGCUCUUAUGGCCGCCCUGGAUCUUCGCGUGGCCCGCCAUCGAGGGCCGCCGAACGGUGCCCUCCGACCAGUGCUACAUCCCGUUCCUCGAGUCCAACAUUUGGGUCACGAUAUCGACGGCUCUGAUCGCCUUCUGGCUCCCGGCGUCUCUUAUGUGUGUCCUCUACUGGCGGAUAUGGCGCGAGACGGAAAGGCGCUACAAAGACCUCACGGCUCUCGUGCUGGUGUCGCACUCGCUGUCGUCGCGAUCGUCGCACACGGGCUCCACGUCGUCCACGUGUUGGCAGAAGUGCUGUACGACGAAAGCGACGGCAGUGUCAUCGCAGACGUCGAUCGCGGCGUCCGGCGAGACUCCUCCCACCUCUGAGUCCAUCUACACGAUUGUCAUCCAAUUGGACGUCAAUUGCGAGCACUCGGCGACCGUCACGAUGCUGAACGGCGCGCAGGAGGAGGCGCCGCCCUCGCCGCCGCCCACUCGCAUCCGCGCCCCCAUCCAGCCCAAGAGCGAGCGCAAGGCCGCCAAGACGUUGUCGGCCAUUCUGUUGGCCUUCAUCGUGACGUGGACGCCGUACAACAUCCUCGUGUUCGUGAAGACGUUUUCGCCGACUUCCGUGGACUCGGACGGCCUUUGGUGGCAAUUCGCGUAUUACUUGUGUUACAUUAACUCCACUCUCAACCCCUUGUGUUACGCCUUAUGUAACGUCAACUUCCGCAACACUUACGUCCGAAUACUGACGUGUCGUCUCAGACAACCAACGCAACAACAACAACACACCGGACGACAGCACAGGACGACAGGACGACACGACACGACACUCAUGGCGACCGCAGACUUCAAAUGAAUAGGAUUUCCGCGUUCUUGAACAACGCCUUGAACUCGUGGCGCGUCAGUCGAACGUAGCCGUCG